AUGACCGUCAUGACGUCCCUACUGGGGAAGAUUGUCAAGAAUGACUCCAUGUUGAGUGAUCCAAAGGAGAUCUACAACUGGAGGGUCUACCUGCUGGCAUGCUCGGCGUGCUUCGGUGCCAUGUCCUUCGGCUGGGACAGUGGUGUCAUCGGUGGUGUUAUCAAGCUCAAACCCUUUAUCGACGCCUAUGGCCUAGAAAAUGCAGACAGUAUAGCUUCGGCCAACCUUCAGGGGAACAUCGUGUCUGUGCUGCAAGCUGGAUGCUUUGUUGGUGCUCUGGCAGCUUACCCAAUGACGGACGCAUGGGGUCGCAAAUCAUGCCUGCUCGGUGCUGCCGCCUUUACGCUCUCUGGUGUCAUCUUGCAGGCAGCCGCUUCUGGUCACCUCGAGCCCAUGUACAUCGGUCGAUUCGUCGCAGGUCUCGGAGUAGGAUGCUCCAGUGUCAUAAACCCUAUCUACGUUACCGAAAACGCGCCGCGAGCCAUCCGUGGUCUGCUCACUGGCAUGUAUCAACUGUUCAUCGUCACGGGAAGCAUGAUCGCCUUCUGGGGCAAUUACGCAGUCAGUCUACACCUGACCGGCCCGAAACAGUACAUUGUACCGCUCGCCGUCCAGGGUCUACCGGCCGUUCUCCUCUUCGGCUUGAUGUUGAUAUGCAACGAAUCGCCACGGUAUCUGGCUCGCAAGGACCGAUGGGAAGACGCCAAGCGAAUCCUGACCAAAAUCCGAGGCCUCUCACCGGAUCACCCAUACCUCCAAGAGGAGUUCCAAGAGAUCGCCGACCAACUUGAAUACGAGCGACGGCUGGUCGGUGAUGCCUCGUUCUGGACACUCCAGAAAGAGAUGUGGACAAUCAAGACCAACCGACACCGAGCCCUCCUCAGUAUUUUCCUCAUGAUCUGGCAGCAGAUGACCGGCACCAACGCCAUCAACGUCUAUGCCCCCACCAUCUUCCAGAACCUGGGUAUCAGUGGAACUUCCAAUUCCCUCUUCAGCACUGGCGUUUACGGUGUUGUCAAAGUAGUGGCAUGUUUGAUCUUCUUGCUCUUCAUGGCCGACUCUCUCGGUCGACGUCGAUCGCUCUUGGUCUCUUCCGUGGGCCAGUCAUUCUGCAUGUUCUACAUUGGUUUAUAUGUCCGAAUCGCUCCACCCCAACCAGGCGACGCGGUGCCUCCCGCUGGCUACGUCGCCCUGAUCUGCAUCUUCCUUUUUGCGGCAUUCUUCCAGUUUGGCUGGGGCCCUGCUUGCUGGAUUCUGGUCUCCGAGAUCCCUACCGCCCGUCUGCGGCCCCUGAACGUCGCGCUAGGGGCUGCGACGCAGUGGCUAUUCAACUUUGUGGUUGCUAAGGCUGUUCCCACCAUGCUUGCAACCUGCGGAGAGGGCGGAUAUGGCACCUAUUUGAUAUUUGGCAGCUUCGGUGUUAUCAUGUUCUUCUUCGUCUGGUUCCUCGUUCCAGAGACUAAAGGCAUUUCACUAGAGCACAUGGAUCAGCUCUUCGGUGUCCCAGAACAGGAGAAGUCGGUGGGUGGUGAUGAGAAACACGAUAUGUCCAAGAUUGAAAUAGAGGAACAUUCCUCGGGUAACCGCGUCUAG